AUGGCGACUACAGUGAGGCAAGUCAAGAGGCACAGCAAAUCUGUGAAGAACUCCAACCAGUUUGUGACAACAGCCGAGGUGGAGGGCUAUGGACCAUACAAGCCAGUGCCCCCACCCAAGCCACUGACUGCUGGCCCCGCUGCAUCUCCCCCGCCAUAUAGGAUGCCCCCGUAUCCCCUGUAUAGCGAGCCGUCCAUCCCUGGGUCUGCUGGUGGUGAUCCUACUCACUCCAACCUACACACACACUCCAGCAAGUUUCCGAUUGAGCGAGAGGUUAUUCUCAGCAGCACAGACAAGAACUCCAAGAUCCCUAUACUGAACGAGUACCGCAAGAGGCCCAAGGGAGCAAUUGCACCUGACGCUCCUCAUAUACAACUUGCCUGGACGGAGGACCGCAGGGACAUGGACCAGAUUCACUCUCACCCUCAAGAUAAUGUCGGAGCUCAUCAACUUUACAAGGCCCAACCCAUGACGUUACUUGACUCUAGUCGUGUUUCAGAACCUUCUCCUAUAAAUGGCUUCCACAGUGGCCAAGGUAGUUCUACAGGGGCAGUGCCUCGCACCCCUGCAGCACACUCCACGCCCGAGGGGGAGGGUAACUCUAAGCCCUUCCCCUCCCGAACAUACCAUACCAUCAAGGACAUCAUCAGCAGCAAAUUCAAUAAACGCAAUGAUAAAGUUGAGGAACUCAGCCCUCAGAGUCAGUUAAGACAACACGGGGUGUAUCUGGGCACCCCUAGUAACUCUGGUCCCACUCAACCUCCUCCUAGCAGUGCUGAGAUCAUGCGACGAAACCAGGAGAUACAAAGACAAAUCAAAGAAAUGAAGGAGGCACAGGAUGAUGGUGGCUUUCAGGAGGUGAUGGGACGUAACUACAACACGGCAGGCAGCAGUGGAGGCCCUCGCCACUCCAUGAUCGAGAUGGAGACUCCUCGCAGACCACCCCAGUCUCAUACUGAGCCCAGUCCUCAUCAUCAGAGGUCGGCUGCCAGUGGGAGUGGCAGUGUGAUGAGGCCAGGAGACGUGUAUGGACGACAUUACCCUGACACCGGAGGAUAUGGUGUUCCUGGCACCCGACGCAGCGUCUCUGAAGCAGAGAGCGCGAGGAAGGUAGAGGCCGCAAGGAGAGAAGAAAGGUACUACUUCCAGCAACAAAACCAACCAAGGCACACAGAUCCUAGAGCUAGCAAAGAAAUGGAGAGCAUGGGGGUUUACGUGUCUCGGAACCCAGGAGACCGUACAUCCAAAACACCAGAGUCAAGGACUCCAGACUUCAGCCGGAAAACUGAACGGGAUUCUAGGACACCGGAUUUCCACAGGAAGAGCGAACUACUUUCAAGGACGCCUGAUCUGGAGAGACGGAUAGAAAGUGAAAACCGAGUGUUGCGUUCUCAGUCUGUGGAAAGGUUGGACAGUCGUGAUGUGAACGGAGAUUGUCGGAUAGAGAUGGACAGGGAGAAGGAGAGAGACAGGGAGAAAGAGGAGGAAGAUGAUGAAGAGGGGGGAUUUAAGGGAGGGGCAGGGGGACAAUCAGACUCUGGGAGGGGAAGUACAGUGUACAGCAGCGGAAAAGCAAAGACGGAGAGAAACAUUGAUACCAGCCCGGAGCCAAACACAGUCACAGGCCCCGGAGACGCAGGUUGGGUAGACAUGGUGGAGUCUGAACUCCGUCACAUCCUGGACCCCAAGCUGCAUCUCAACAUUGCCAACUCUACAAUGAGUGAGAGCAUCUCCUCUAUGACUCCUCCUCUACCUCCGCUCUCACCUGGGGGCUCGUCGUCGCCAUCACCCUCCCCGGACUACAAACAUAAGAGCCUGCCGUACAACAGCAAGCCAGAGUUCAGUGUGAAGCCUAGAGGUGGCCAGAACAGUCGGGCUGUGUGGAGUGCCAGGGUAGGAGCUAAAGACAAGUCUUCACAUCACCGUCUGCCUCCCAAAACAUCAUCCAAGCUGCCGUCAGCCCUGCUGUGUAGCAGCCUUGAGCUGGACUCUAUGUUGGAUGAAGAGAACAACUCUAGUGAUGAAGACACAACCAUAGACACUACAGACACAAGGGCCAUCAGGAAACAACUGGAGGGACUGGAGAACAUGUACUCUGAGGUUUUGAAGCUACUAGGAGUCAAAAAGCAGGCUGGAGGGAGGGGCUACCAACCCUCUGACCCUCGGGUACACAAGCGACGACUGUACGGCAGUCUCAGCUCUCUACCAUCGUCUGUCAGCUCUCGGCCAAUCAGGGACAAGCGCCGCCACGACCAAGAGCGCAAGAAGGUCAAGGAUAUCAAGGGUAUCAACAAGAGGUUCCAAAGGCUGGAGUCUCAUGUGGUGACGUUGGCUCGUAGUGUGGCUCAUCUCUCAUCCGAGAUGAGAACACAACAUCUCAUGAUACAGGAGAUGGAGGUGAUUCGAGGUGAGUUGGCUGCACUGAGGACACAGAGCAACAUGGCCACCGCACGGUCGCACUCAAUGCCUCGUGCUCUCAACCGCAUCAGCGUAGAACAGUCUAACAGCAACCCCGAGCGAGUCAAGAAACUCACAAAGUUUUUUGGUGAUGAACCUCCGCUUCUGCGACUCUUCCUCAAGAAGUUAGGGUAUGAGAAGUACGCCGCGGUGUUUGAAAACGAAAGAAUCGGACUAGUGGAGCUGCCGUACCUGACUGAAGAAAGACUUCACAAGCUGGGUAUUCCGCUGGGACCAAGGCUGAGAAUCAUGCAAGAAGCACAACUGGGCUUCCCUGUUCCUGACAAUACUUUGUGUAUCGUGUAGUACCUGAGAGUAAAACAGUAUUUUUGUUGACACUAUUCGGCAAGGACAAACAGUAUAUAACAUAAUUCCAAGGUGUACCAACCAACCAAUCACAAGAACAUUUUUAUACAUUAUUCUAAAUAUGAUUGCAGCGUGCGAGUAGAGUUAUAUGACCCAUGUAGCUUUAUUGCUGACGGAUCAGCUGAUUUUUGGCCAGCUGAUUUUUGUUAGACUUUGUAAUCAUGCUAGCUCAACUACGGCUGUAAUGUGUACAUCAGUCCUGUCAAAAUUGAAUCAGCUCUCCUCUCGUAAUAUGGAGUUCUAAGCACAAGUCCAAGUGUUUGUAGCCAAAUAUUAAGUGUGAGUGUAAGCAUUAUAUUUUUUUGGAGUAGUUUUCUCUAUAUGCCAAAUUCCAUAAAUUAAGUCUUACUUUCUGUUAUUCAAUGAAAACAUUAUCAUUUGUUCUUUUAGAUAAGUUUUCUUUCUUCUAAAAUUCGAUUGAUUAAAUUAAUGAUUGAAAAAAAUCAAGUUAAAAAAUAAAAAAUCAUAAUAGGCUAUUUAUGUUAAUAUUAUCUAAAUUUAUUUGUACAUUUCUAUUGUUUAUUAAUACCAUGGGACCAAAGAUUUCAUGUAUUACACAGUUUUGCAUUAAGUGUAGUUCUAAAUGUAAAUAGUUCAGUGUAAAUAGAUAAUUCAGUGGCAUUCAAUAAGAAGUGUUUAUAAACUAAUAUAUGUCAAGUCUUCUAAGCUGUAAAUAUUCUACUAUGGUCGGUCAUGUAAAUAGAGAUAUAUUAGAAAUAGUUUGUUAAAUAGUUGUACGUAUAUUGAAAACUGAUUAUUUAAGUGCCAAUAAAAUCAAUGUGCUGGCCAAAUAACUUUUUUUGUAUGAAACUCACAAGAAAUAUAUUUUGUGCA